AUUAAUCAGUCAAAAUCUAAUGCAGAUUCACAUACACAUCGAUGUAAAUGCCGAGGGACAUGUCAAGCACGGUGUAGUUGUAGACGUUCUGGUCGUCCGUGUGUCCCAUUGCGUUGUUACUGCAUUUCUGGUGUAUGCAAAAACCGUUUAGAUUCAUCAUCACAAGACAGUCAAAUAGUUAUGGGACCACCAUCUGGAUUACCCGUUAUAUUACGUCCAAAACGUAAAACUCGUGCAUUACAAUUAAAUAAAAUCUCCAACUGACAAUUCACAACUAUAUGACGAAAGAUAUUGGUGAUUCCAAUUAUUUAAAUAUAUUUCAUCGGAUUGUUCUUCCCUUGGCUUAUGAGGGCAACAGAAAGUGAACGUACUAGAAGGAGAAGAACAAAGCUUGCGCAAAUUAAACCUGCGGGAUAAUGAGUAAAACCAUUUUGUAAUGGACUUCCCUUUUUUGUACUUAAACCGCGUAAUUCAAUUUUAAAUAUAUAUCUCUGUUGUGCACGUA